AUGGCGCAGCUUCCGUGGAGAGUCCUCCGCUCGCGACCGGUAACCUUCGCGAAGGCUCGGUUAGCGGCGGAACGGUGUUCUGAAGAUUUAUCGCAAUUGUUAGAUAGCCAUGGGACUAGGACGCGUGUCACUUCUCUGUUACAGGCAUUUAUAGAGGCGCUGCAAGAAUGCGAAGCAAACUCCUAUGUAAGGGACAGCACAAAGUAUGUGCCGUGUGUAAAGGGUUUCAAAGUUAGAGGUGUCGUACAGAUACACCCAUCAUUCCUGGGGAACCCACUCAAAGGUGUCUACGUCUAUUUAUCGAAUUUCCUUAUGCAAUACAAUGACUAUGUGGGAGGGAUAUGGUUAACCUGUGGCAAAAUUUGUCAACUUGAUAAAUAUGGAUAUGUCACUGAUGGUGAUUGCUUAGGUAUCCUUUCGUUGCGCAUAACCGUCAAGCUACUGGUUUUCGUUCCGCAAAACGGGCUCAUGUUUGGAAAGGUUGUCCGAACAUUGCCAGAGAGAGCGUCAUUGCUCGUAUAUGGUAUAUUCGGCGUCACUGUGCGUUCUGCAGAGGGCAGUCGUGAUCAAGCUAAUACCCUGAAAGAGGGAGAUUUAGUUGAUGCUGAUGUCGACCAAGUUAAGAUCCUACAGAAGAACAAAUGGGUCAUGCUAGCUACGAGUGUGGACCGCGUAAAAGUAAUUUCGUAA